AUGAGCUCUGCCAGCAUUCCACAGCCUGACACGGAUCUCUUCCGAUACACCAGUGGUCGUUGGCUAUGGGACGAAGAGCAGCAACUUCGGGACCGAUUUUCGCCUUUCAAUGUGGCGGAAUUACAGAGAAUGGCAGCGCGUAGCGUUGGAGCGGACACAUGCACUGCAAUCGCAAAACUGGCAGAAGGAUCAUUCAACAAAACAUUCAGGCUUGAGAUGGAUAAUGGAUUCUCUGUGAUCGCAAGAAUACCCCAUCCUAUUGCCGGGCCUAGGUACUACGCUACAGCAUCUGAAGUCGCAACGAUGGAAUUUGCCCGCACAAUCCUCGAAAUACCAACCCCCCAAGUAUAUGCUUGGAAUGCAGACCUCGACAAUUCUGUUGGUUCCGAGUAUAUUAUAAUGGAGGAAGCCCCCGGUACAACGCUGGAAGAUAUAUGGGAUGAUCUUUCUCUGGAAAAGAAGAUAGAGGUCAUGAAGGAUCUCGUCCAACUAGAGAAAAAAAUGCUUCAAGCGCCACUGAAUCAUUUUGGGAGUUUGUACUAUGCCAGUGCUAACAUCAGAGAUGUCGUGCCAGCUGAGAUAUGUGCAGAAGUAUCUUCUGAGCUCAACGACAAGAUACGCCAUCGUUUUGUUAUCGGCCCAGUCGCAGAAAGACACUACUGGUCCAAAGAACGCGCAGAGAUGACCUUGGACCAUGGACCAUAUUUGUUCUCUAUCCAUCUCCUUUUGUGGAAACAACCCCAGGACUAUGUGCGCUCUCUAGCUCACCGAGAAGAGGCAUGGAUUCAGCAAUACGCAACUCCAAAAUCCGAAGACGACCCGCUAGUGACCUCAGCAACGCAGAACUCCCCCCACAGCCAUAUAUCCUUGCUACACAAAUAUCUCAACGUUGCCCCUUAUCUCCUCCCAAACGAUCCUGUGGCAGUUGCACCUUAUAUUCGGCAUACUGAUCUCCAUUCUGGAAACAUCUUUGUCCAGAAUGGUAGAAUUUCGAGUGUCAUAGACUGGCAGGGGCUUUGGGCAGCACCGUUGAUCCUUCAAGCACGCCAUCCAAGGCUGAUUGACUAUACCGGGGAAGUCAUUCUGCAAGCGCCCGCAAACUUCAAAAAUCUCGACCCAGCCGAAAAGAUUCGGAUCAGAGGCCUUAUGAGUAGCUCGAUACUGCUCUACCUCUACGAAAAGCAAAUUGCUAAAGAGAUUCCCCUGCUUGAUCAAGUCCUCCGAUUCGAGCACGGCAGGACAAGAUGCGACCCAAUUUCGUUCGUGGGCGACACGUGGGAUGACGAACUUCUACCCCUACGGGAAUCUCUGAUCAGGCUUGAGAGGUGCUGGAAUGAAAUCGGAUUCGACUUUCCGUGUCCUAUUCAUUUCACGGAGGAUGAUCUCCGCGUCCACGAAGAGGAAAGCGACGGGUGGAAUGAUGUGCAGGGAUUUUGGAACUCUGUUGCGAAUAUAGUCUCGAGAGAUGGCUGGACUCCGCAUCAUCUAUACGGUGAUGCCAUUUCUCUCUUUGCAGAGCUACGAGACAUUGGCCUGAAAGCUACGGUAGGGAAGGACAGGGACACAUUUGACAAACAGACAAAGUGGAUCAAAAAGCAUUAA